AUGUAUAAGAUGGAUUACUCGUACCUGAACUCCUAUGACUCCUGCAUGGCGGCCAUGGAAGCGUCGGCCUACGCGGACUUCAGCUCCUGCAGCCAGGCCAGCUCCUUCCAGUACAACCCGAUCCGGAGCGGACCCUUCUCCAACCCGGGCUGCACUCCGCUCAGCACGGCCAGCUGCACCCUGGGAGCCCUGCGGGAGCACCAGCCCACGCCUUACUCCUCAGUUCCGUACAAGUUUUUCUCGGACCCCUCCGGCCUGAACGAGAAGCGGAAGCAGCGGCGCAUCAGGACCACCUUCACCAGCUCUCAGCUGAAGGAGCUGGAGCGGGUCUUCGCCGAGACACACUACCCGGACAUCUACACCCGAGAGGAGCUGGCGCUGAAGAUAGACCUGACCGAGGCCCGGGUACAGGUGUGGUUUCAGAACAGGCGCGCCAAGUUUCGUAAACAGGAGCGCGCAGCCAACGCCAAGGCCAACAGCUCUGGCGGCACCACGGGCAGCACCAGCAGCACCAGCUCUGGGGGGAAGAAGGGCGGAGAGCCCAGAUCUUCAUCAGAUGACGACGAGUCCAAAGAAUCCACCUGCAGCCCCACACCUGACAGCACGGCCUCCCUGCCGGGCUCGGCCAGUGGAAACUUGGGCAGCCCCGCCAGCCUGAGCCCCAGCCCGGCUCCUGCCAACAGCGGCUACGCUAACACCUCCAGCUCUCCGGUCCUCCAGGGGCUGAAGCCGCCCAGCUGGUCCAGCCUGGGGCCGGCCAACCCGGCCGUGGCCCAGCCCGCUGCCCAGACUCAGGAGAUUCUGAAGGCCUGGCAGCCGGCGGACAGUAUGACCGGGCCCUUUGCCGGAGUCUUGUCCUCCUUCCACAGAAAGCCCAACCCCACCAUCAAGACGAACCUGUUCUGAAGCACAGAGGAAGAGGAAAAGAGAAACAGACAUUAUGCGGUCUACUGGAACAGUGAGGAGUUUCUUGUUUUUGAUGAGAGAGUCGGGACUUGCCCAUUAUAACACUGAAUUC